AUACUUUCAUAACAUUUUGAAUACAAUUUUCAAAUGUAAUACAAAUAACACAUCAUUUCAUUCAUUGUUACCAUUAGUUCACAACUCAUCUAAUUUUUGACAUUAAAUCUUAAAUUUAUUUAUUUUUAACUGUUUUUAAUUGUUUUUAAUUUUUUAAAACUAUUUUAUCAAUGUUUUAAUGUUUUACGAUUUUAAUGUGUUUUAUUGACCGCUUGUCAUGUCUGAGACCGACACCGCCGAUGACUCGCAACGGGAAGUACUUCUCUAUAUCUAUGAUAUGUCUAAAGGGAUGGCAAAAGCGUUUUCACAGAUGUUUUUAGGCAAAGAGCUUCCGGGUAUUUGGCACACGAGUGUCAUCGCAUAUGACAGGGAAUACUUCUUCGGCUCGUUUGGUAUCGAAAGUUGUAAUCCAGGAGAGACAGUAUUGGGAGAACCGGAUCAGAUAUUAUCACUGGGAAAGUGUCAGUUGCCGUACAGCUUAUUCUUGGAGUACUUGUUCUCAUUAGGCGACUCUUCCUUUGCUCCCGUCUCUUAUAGUCUAUUGGACCACAACUGCAAUAACUUCAGCAAUGAAUUGUCUAUAUUUCUAACCGGAAGACCCAUUCCUCAAGAAAUCAUUGAUUUGCCACAAGAAGUACUCAAUACACCUAUUGGACAAACAUUGAAAUUAUAUUUGAGUUCAUUGAGUAUUAGACCCGAAGGAACUGGUGUAUCGUUUAGUGGUAACGUUGAUAACAUACCACUUGAAUCCAGUGAACAAAAUAGUAAUUCAGUGAUAAAUAGAAGGAAGAGUUCCACUGAAAGUCUACCUCAAACUGUGUCAUCAGUGACUACUACACAGUCAACGCCAAGACAGCCACAAACAAACUGCAAAAUGGCUGACAAUGAAACCGAUUUAGUUGAAGAGGAAACACCUAAAGAAACUAAAACUGAAGAAACUAAAAGUCAAAGGCGUUCCUAUAAAUAUGAUGACCCACCCGUUCUCUUUAAAGAUGUCAAUGGAGUGGCAGCUAUUAAAAAGAUAACCGAAUUAAUAACAGAUUUGUUAAGUAAUGAACAACAACAAUAUCUUAAAGAAUUGAGUGAAUAUUUAGUAUCUGAGAGCGGAGCCUGGGCUCUGGGCGAUGAGCACCUGGAGUUUAUUGCAUUGUUACUCAGUGGCGGCGACGGAAAAUUUGCUCCAAAUGUUGCGCUUUUAGUUCUCGAAGUAUUACAAUCGGCAGCACUUAAAGAUGACAUUGUAUUGGUAUUACAUCAGGACCGCAAAGAUCACCGAUUGAUGAGUUAUAUCAACAAAAUUGAAUCAUUGACUUUAGCCGAACAAGAAGAAGUGGCCAAAUUGUUGUGCAAUCUUUGUGGUCAACCGACAACAUUUGAUUGGCUUUUAUAUAUCAGCGAAUGGAUUGAAUCUGAUGGCCAGUCUUCAAGUAACAGCCGAACUACAACAAAAGCGGCCGUUCAUACGUUACUAAACGAUAAAUUAACUACUUUACAAAAAACCGGUGUAUUUUUAAUUUAUAAUUUGGCCUUAAAAGAGCUGUUUGAGGACACGGCCACUGAAUUAGCCACAGCUGUCUUACAAUUUCUUCACGGAGAUCUCCCUGAAGACCAAGCAUUUAUGUGUUUAACUGCGAUCAUCCGGUUUAUAGCCAUCAGUUACAAUGAUGUGCCAGCACUGGUCAAGAUGUUGGGUCCAGACAUCAAUAAGUUUAAGGGAUUUUCCGAAAGGGUCGACAAAUUAGUUGAUGAGCUAAACAUUAAGUUAGCAGCGCUUCCAUCCCUUUCUGGUGAAUGAUUUUUUUAAAACAAUGUAAUUUUGUUAUUUGAUUUUAGCGGUUAUUUUUAAAAGCUUAACAGAUAUUUGAAUUUUUAUAACCUACUACUCCUCAAUAUAUUGUAUAAUUAGAGUACAAUUUAAUAGAAAUGAUGAUCAAUACAUAUUUACAAAUUACAAGUUAUUUUUAUCUUAAAUUUUAUCAACUAUUAUACUUACCGGUAGUGACUUAAUUUUAUAAUAU